AUGCUGGCAGCAACAGCAGCAGUGCUGGCCCUCAGCGUCGUCAUCUUGUACAGAGGAUGUGUCGCCGCGCCUCUCUCAUCAGAAGAGAUCGUCACCCAGAUCAACAGCUUGGCCAUGCUACACCGCGAGAACGCCACGCUGAUUUUGAACACAUAUCUGCAGUACCAAGGGUUGCCAUUCAGCGCGACUGGGUUCAGCUUCCCCUACUGGUUGGAGAAAGGACUGCCCACCGCAGCACUGGGCUACCGGAUGUGGCGGUGUCUUUGCCCCGGAGAACGCCUCCUUCAGGCCAGAGAAGCCUUCUUUGCUAUUUCCGAGUUCUUCCAACUGGUCCUGGAUGAUCAGAACGCCCUGAACCCGGCAGCUGCUGAUCUCCUUCGGCUCCUGGAGGUGGCUCGCCGAGCCUCAGAGGCCUUACUUAGGAACCUGAAGGAUGCCUUGAUCAUCCUGGGAUACCAGCCUCCACCGACCCAGCCAGAGUCACUGAGCUGGGCCCAGACAGAUGACAAUGCCUUCAAGAAGAAGGUAAGGGGCUAUGUGCUCUGCAGGGAGUACAGAGACUGGUUGACCAGGCUUCCCGAAGACAUGAAGAUACUGAAAGUAACAUGGAGGCUCAAAGACGGCCCUGGCCUGGAGAAAAGGGACUGCUGUAGGUCUUAA